CCGGAGUGACGCUCAUGUCCCGGUUCAGCCUCCUGCCGGUGGACGGCGGGGAUCCGAUCCCUCUGCAGCCGGGAGAGACGGUGGUGGGCCGGGGUCCUUUACUCAGAGUCAGUGAUAAGAGGGUUUCCAGACAGCAUGGGCUUCUGGAGAACCUGAACGGACAGCUGCGUCUCAAACCGACCCACCUGAACCCGUGUUUCGUCCAGUCGUCCCUCACCGACGACCCUCGGCCUCUGAAGAAAGACACCUGGCAUCGUCUUCAUCAUGGAGAAUUCUUCUCUCUGCUGCCGGGCCAGCACAUCUACGAGGUGGCGUCUGAGUCGGGCGGAGAGGAAAGCACUCCAAGAAACAGUCAAAUGCUUGAAGAAGAGGAAGAUCUUCCUGUGUCACCUGAGCCAGAUGUUGAGCCAACUCAAGCUCCAGCCAAUGAGGAAGCUACACUGGCAGCUCCGUCCAAUAAAGAAGAGGAAGAAGAAGAAGCAGAAGAAGAAGCCAACAGACCAGACAGAAGUUUAAAUAAGGGAGUCACGGCUCGACCACAGGAAGUGAAGAAUGACCAGCGAGACGACGUCGCUCCACCUACGCCGAAGAAGAGAGUUUUACCUGCGUGGAUGAUGGCGGCUGUCUCAGCUCCACAGGCCGCCGCCUCCUCCUCCGCCUCCACCCCUAAAGCUGUAAAGAGGAGUAAAGGAUCCACAGCGACGCCGACCAGCACGAAACGAGCGGCGGUCAAACAGGCUACGACCGCCACACCUGGGAGGGCGGAGCUUAGCGAGGAGGAGGAAGAGGAGGAAGAGGAGAUGCCGAAGAAGAAGAGGAGGAAGAUGAGCGAUAAAGAAAAAGCUCAGCCCAAAACACAGCCCACAGCAGUCAGCAUGGAGGUGGAGGAGGAGGCUCAGCGAGGCUCCACCAGCAGCGAGUCCGACAACAACAACAAGACGAAAAACGGACAGAGGACGACCAAAAAAACAGAGUCUGGCGGCUCAAACGGCGGCUCGGCGCCCAAACCCAAACUCAGAACACCGUGUCCGUACGGGAAGGACUGCUACAGGAAGAACCCGGCCCAUUUUCAGGAGUGCUGUCACCCUGGUGACACCGACUACGAGGACGAGGAGGAGGAGGAGGAGGAGGAUGAAGACCGACCUGAAUGCCCCUACGGCACCGACUGCUACAGGAAAAAUCCUCUUCACAGGAAAGAAUACAAACACACCAAGAGACCAGCUCGCACCACUCGCACCGCUCCCACAAAGGCAACCGCCGAUGAUGAUGAUGAUGAAGAUGACUUUGGGGACGACGACAGCUUCAUUAAUGACGACAGCGAUGACGCGGGCGAUGACUCCGACUACGCUCCCCCUGCCGACUCUGGAGACAGCGGCAAGGAGGACGUCAAGAGACUGCAGAGUGAAGCCAAGGCCUUUCUGAAGAAGAGGAAGUAG